CACUGUAGAGUGAUGCUCAGAGCAGGAAGCAGAGGAAGAAAUGAAGAGGGCUGUGAAGGAGCUUCACGGUCUUUUUCAAUGAUAAUGGAUUAAGGGUAAAUGCUUUGUCAGCUUUUGUGGCUAGGGAUUUCAGCAUCUCCAACAGGAGCAACAUUCCAUACUGAAUAUUUGUUGGUGCAGGUCCUUCUGAUAUGAUUCAUUACAGAGUUUCUCCUACAUCAGCACCUUCAUGUGUAAGAGGCUGAUUGGUAAUUAGUGCAGGAUGAGAAGAUGGAACAGCCACUAUUACCCCCACCAGGACCUGACAGCCUUCGCCUCUUCACCAGAGAAUCUCUUGCUGUUAUCGAGAAACGUUUUGCAGAAGAAAAAGCCAAGAAACCACCAAAGGACCGCAGAGAUGAUGAUGAUGACAAUGGCCCCAAGCCAAAUUCGGACUUGGAAGCAGGCAAAAGCUUACCUUUUAUAUAUGGAGACCUACCGUCUGGAAUGGCUACAGAACCAAUGGAGGAUCUGGACCCCUAUUACAGCAACAAUAGGACCUUUAUAGUAUUGAAUAGAGGGAAAACAAUCUUCCGCUUCAGUGCCACGUCUGCCUUGUACAUUUUAACUCCCUUCAAUCCUAUUAGAAAAAUAUCAAUAAAGAUUUUGGUACAUUCAUUAUUCAGCAUGCUCAUUAUGUGCACUAUUUUGACCAACUGUGUUUUCAUGACCAUGAGUAACCCCCCGGAAUGGACGAAGAAUGUAGAAUAUACUUUCACUGGGAUUUAUACAUUUGAAUCUCUAAUAAAAAUUCUGGCAAGAGGUUUUUGCUUAGAGAACUUCACUUUUCUACGGGACCCAUGGAACUGGCUCGACUUCAGCGUCAUCGUCAUGGCGUAUGUAACAGAAUUUGUAAACCUAGGCAAUGUUUCAGCUCUUCGAACUUUCAGAGUAUUAAGAGCUUUGAAAACUAUUUCUGUAAUCCCAGGCCUGAAGACCAUUGUGGGGGCUCUGAUUCAGUCGGUGAAGAAGCUUUCAGAUGUGAUGAUUCUCACAGUGUUUUGUCUGAGUGUGUUUGCGCUAAUAGGACUGCAGCUGUUCAUGGGUCACCUAAGAAAUAAGUGUGUUAGGUGGCCCCCAGAAUAUGAAGCAAAUAUUACCUCUUACUUUAAUGCCACUGCUGGCAUGAAUGGCUCCUAUAUAAACAUAACAUUAAACCCGUUUGACAAAGAAGAGUACAUCCUAAAUGAAAGGAAUUUUUAUUUUUUGCCUGGGCAGAGAGAUGCCCUUCUUUGUGGAAACAGCACAGAUGCGGGGCAAUGCCCAAAAGGGUUUGUGUGUUUGAAAACUGGGAGGAACCCAAACUAUGGCUACACAAGCUUUGACACCUUCAGCUGGGCCUUCUUGUCUCUGUUUCGUCUGAUGACUCAGGAUUACUGGGAGAAUCUGUAUCAGCUGACCCUCCGAGCUGCCGGUAAAACCUACAUGAUCUUCUUCGUUCUGGUAAUCUUCUUGGGCUCCUUCUAUUUGAUAAAUUUGAUCCUGGCUGUGGUUGCCAUGGCUUAUGAAGAACAGAAUCAGGCAACCUUAGAAGAAGCAGAGCAGAAGGAGGUGGAAUUUCAGCACAUGAUGGAACAACUGAGGAAGCAUCAGGAAGACAUCCAGGCAGCGGCAUUAGCAGCACAUGAAGCGGCAAAUGAAUCCAGAGAGUUUAGCGGUGGGACUGGUUAUGGUGGACUCUCAGAGAGUUCAUCGGAAGCAUCAAAGCUAAGCUCGAAAAGUGCCAAGGAAAGGAGGAACAGGAGAAAGAAGAGGAAACAGAAAGAGCAAGGCGAUGAAAAGGGUGAUGAUGAAAAAUUCCACAAGUCAACAUCUGAAAGCAGCCUGAAAAAGUUCCGGUUCCCCCUAGAAGGAAUGCGCUUAACGUAUGACAAGAACUCCUCGCCCCACCAGUCUCUGCUUAGCGUCCGGGAGUCUCUGUUCUCACCAAGACGCAAUAGCAGAACCAGCCUAUUUAGCUUCAGAGGCCGCGGGAAGGAUGUGGGAUCGGAAAAUGACUUUGCAGAUGAUGAACACAGCACUUUUGAGGACAAUGAGAGCAGGAGAGGUUCCUUGUUUGUACCUCACAGACACAGAGAAAGGCGGAACAGCAAUAUAAGCCAAGCAAGCAAGGCAUCCAGGACUCUACCAGUCCUUCCGAUCAAUGGCAAGAUGCACAGCACGGUGGAUUGCAAUGGAGUAGUGUCUCUGCUUGGUGGUCCAUCAGCUCCAACUUCGCCUGCUGGAUUACUUCUGCCAGAGGUGAUAAUAGAUAAACCAGCUUCUGAUGACAAUGGUGUCAAUACAGAAAAUGAGUUAAGGAAAAGAAGGCUAAGUUCAUAUCGUGUUUCAAUGGAUUUUUUGGAAGAUCCUAUUAUGAGACAAAGAGCUCUGAGUAUAGCCAGCAAUCUGACCAACACAAUGGAAGAAUUGGAAGAAUCCAGGCAAAAAUGUCCGCCAUGUUGGACCAAAUUUGCUAACACCUACCUAAUAUGGGACUGCAAUGACACGUGGCUGAAAAUAAAAAAUGUUCUUAAUAUAAUUGUAAUGGACCCAUUUGUUGAUCUUGCUAUUACAAUCUGCAUCGUUUUGAACACAUUGUUUAUGGCAAUGGAACAUUACCCCAUAACUGAAGAAUUUAAUAACGUGCUCACUGUUGGAAAUCUGGUCUUUACGGGUAUUUUUACAGCAGAGAUGGUGUUCAAACUGAUUGCUCUCGAUCCGUAUUACUAUUUCCAAGUGGGCUGGAAUAUAUUUGAUAGUAUUAUUGUUAGUCUCAGCUUGAUGGAACUUGGCCUUUCAGAUGUAGAAGGAUUAUCAGUUCUACGAUCCUUCAGAUUGCUCCGUGUCUUCAAGUUGGCAAAAUCAUGGCCUACCCUCAACAUGUUGAUCAAGAUCAUUGGUAAUUCCGUGGGAGCAUUGGGAAACUUGACCUUGGUGUUGGCCAUCAUCGUGUUUAUCUUUGCUGUGGUCGGCAUGCAGCUAUUUGGUAAAAGCUAUAAGGAAUGUGUCUGCAAAAUUGCACCAGAUGAUUGUAAACUUCCCCGCUGGCACAUGAAUGACUUCUUCCACUCUUUCCUCAUUGUUUUCCGAGUGCUGUGCGGGGAAUGGAUUGAGACAAUGUGGGACUGUAUGGAGGUGGCCGGACAAUCUAUGUGUUUAACGGUGUUCAUGAUGGUGAUGGUCAUCGGCAAUCUAGUGGUGUUAAAUCUGUUCUUAGCUUUGCUAUUGAGUUCAUUCAGCUCUGACAAUCUUGCUGCUACAGACGAUGAUAAUGAAAUGAAUAAUCUGCAAAUUGCCGUUGCCAAGAUGCACAUUGGGAUAGCUUAUUUAAAGAAGAGCGUACGGGAAUUUAUCCAGAAUGCCUUUGUUAAAAAGAAAAAAGAAUUAGAUGAAAAUAAACCUCUAGAAGACAUGCAGAACCAAAAAGACUGUAUAUCCAAUCACACUACUGUGGAAAUAGGCAAAGAUUUUGAGUACCUGAAGGAUGGAAAUGGAACAACUGCCACAAGUGGAAUUGGGAGCAGUGUUGAGAAAUACAUUAUUGAUGAGAGUGAUUACAUGUCAUUUAUACAUAAUCCCAGUCUCACGGUGACUGUGCCUAUUGCUGUUGGUGAAUCCGAUUUUGAAAACCUGAAUACAGAGGAAUUUAGCAGUGAGUCGGAUCUUGAAGAGAGCAAAGAGAAAUUGACCAUGUCGAGCUCAUCAGAAGGCAGUACGGUUGAUAUAAGGCCAGUGGUGGAAGGUGAACCAGCAGCUGUAGUGGAGACAGAGGACAUCAUGGAGCCAGAAGCUUGCUUUACAGAAGGGUGCAUUAAAAAGUUCCCAAUUUGUGAUGUCAGUACUUUAGAAGGGAGAGGAAAGCAGUGGUGGAACCUAAGGAAAACAUGUUUUCGGAUAGUAGAGCACAACUGGUUUGAGACUUUCAUUAUCUUCAUGAUUCUGCUUAGCAGCGGGGCACUGGCUUUUGAGGACAUUUAUAUUGAACAGAGGAAAACAAUUAAGAUCAUGUUGGAAUAUGCUGAUAAAGUCUUCACAUACAUCUUUAUACUUGAAAUGCUUCUGAAAUGGGUGGCAUACGGAUUUGCCAAAUAUUUCACCAAUGCCUGGUGCUGGCUUGACUUCCUGAUUGUUGAUGUAUCUUUGGUUAGCUUAAUAGCUAAUGCCUUGGGCUACUCAGAAUUAGGGGCUAUUAAGUCCCUUAGGACACUAAGGGCAUUGAGACCUCUGAGGGCCCUGUCACGGUUUGAAGGGAUGAGGGUGGUUGUUAAUGCCCUUAUAGGCGCUAUUCCCUCCAUCAUGAACGUUCUGCUGGUUUGUCUAAUAUUUUGGCUAAUUUUUAGCAUUAUGGGAGUGAACAUGUUUUCUGGAAAAUAUGGCUACUGCCUAAAUGUCACAUCAGAAGAGUACUUUUCAAUCGACAUAGUCAAUAAUAAAUCAGAUUGUUUGGCACUUAUAGCCCAGAAUGAAAGUGCAAGAUGGAAAAAUGUAAAAGUGAACUUUGAUAAUGUCGGCUUUGGUUAUCUUUCUUUACUUCAAGUGGCAACAUUCAAAGGGUGGAUGGAUAUCAUGUAUGCUGCAGUUGACUCACGAAAGUUAGAAGAGCAACCAAAAUAUGAAGAAAAUCUUUACAUGUAUCUUUAUUUUGUUAUUUUCAUCAUCUUUGGAUCCUUUUUCACUCUCAAUCUCUUUAUUGGUGUCAUCAUCGAUAAUUUUAAUCAACAGAAAAAGAAGUUCGGAGGUCAAGAUAUCUUCAUGACGGAAGAACAAAAAAAAUAUUACAACGCUAUGAAAAAGCUAGGAUCCAAAAAACCACAAAAGCCUGUCCCUAGGCCACAUAAUAAAUUUCAAGGUGCUGUUUUUGACUUUGUGUCCAUGCAACCAUUUGACAUCACCAUUAUGGUUCUAAUCUGCUUAAACAUGGUAACAAUGAUGAUUGAAACAGAUAACCAGAGUGACGAAAUGGAGAGCAACUUGUAUUAUAUUAAUGCAGUCUUCAUUGUCCUCUUCACUGGGGAAUGUGUUCUUAAACUGAUUUCCCUGCGCCAUUAUUACUUCACAAUGGGAUGGAACAUAUUUGAUUUUGUGGUUGUCAUUCUGUCCAUUGUAGGAAUGUUUCUAGCUGACCUAAUUGAAAAAUAUUUUGUGUCACCAACUCUGUUCAGAGUUAUACGACUUGCCAGAAUCGGUCGUAUUCUGCGUCUCAUUAAAGGAGCGAAAGGCAUUCGUACUUUGCUAUUUGCAUUGAUGAUGUCACUUCCUGCCUUGUUCAACAUAGGUUUACUACUUUUCCUUGUGAUGUUUAUUUACGCUAUCUUUGGAAUGUCAAACUUUGCCUACGUCAAAAAAGAAGCUGGAAUUGAUGAUAUGUUUAAUUUUGAAACUUUUGGAAACAGUAUGAUUUGUUUAUUCAUGAUUACAACAUCAGCUGGGUGGGAUGGAUUAUUGGCACCAAUUCUUAACAGUGGACCACCAGACUGUGACUCAAAUGCAGAACAUCCAGGGAGUUCUGUGAAGGGUGACUGUGGUAAUCCAUCUGUUGGGAUUUUCUUCUUUGUAAGUUAUAUCAUCAUAUCAUUUUUAGUUGUGGUAAACAUGUAUAUUGCUGUCAUUUUGGAAAACUUUGGUGUUGCAACAGAGGAAAGUGCAGAACCUCUGGGAGAGGAUGACUUUGAGAUGUUCUAUGAAGUUUGGGAAAAGUUUGACCCAGAUGCAACACAGUUCAUUCAAUACAGUAAAUUAACUGACUUUGCCGAUGCACUGGAUCCACCUCUCCGUAUUCAAAAACCAAACAAAGUUCAACUUAUUGCAAUGGAUCUUCCCAUGGUAAGUGGGGACAGAAUUCACUGCCUUGACAUCCUGUUUGCUUUCACAAAGCGCGUGUUGGGUGAAGGUGAUGAAAUGGAUAAUCUCCGACAACCAAUGGAAGAACGUUUCAUGGCAUCCAAUCCUUCAAAAGUCUCCUAUGAACCCAUUACAUCCACGUUACGUAGAAAGCAAGAAGAACUUUCUGUCAUUGUUAUCCAACGUAGCUUCCGAAGUUAUCUUUUAAGGAAAACCAUAAAACGUGCUUCCUUUAUGUUCAGUCAUAAGGGCAAAGAAGGAGACAGUGUAAUAACGCGAAAAGACAUGUUGAGUGACCGGCUCAAUGGGAACUCUACAACAGACAAAGUAGACAUCACACCUUCAACAACAUCCCCCCCAUCCUAUGACAGUGUUACAAAACCAGACAAAGAAAAACAUGAAAAAGACAAAAUAGAGAAAGAAGACAGGGGAAAAGAUGUCAGGGAGCGUAAAAAGUAAUUUUUUGUGGCAAACUGUUUACAGCCUGUGAACAUUGUUAAUGUCAGCAGGACUCCUUUCAGAGAUUUAUGCCAAACUGAUAGUUCUUAAAAUUAUGUACUUAUGGUCAGUGCCUACAAUACGACAGUGACCCCCUGUCAGGAAAGGAUUUCAAUGAUGUGCAACAACCUUGACUGGAGGUUACUGUUUUAACCACUUCACUGCUAUAGUGGCUUGUAAUGCAUCACACAUAGAUGCUUUGCUGGCCCCUGCUGAAGUAAAGGGGUUAAUUUCCCAGCUGACACUGCUGAAGAGGAUAGUCAACAUGGCUACUCAGACUGUGCGGAAUGGGGACCAUUUUGUGGGAUACAAACCUGUUGUUUUUUGUGUGUUGAACACUUUAGUAAAGUACUUGUAUCCACUGUUUGCAUUUCAACUGCCAUACUUGCCAUAUGUUUACAAAUUCUAUGUUUAUGGAUUCAUCAUUUUUUUGAAUUCAUAGGUUCUCUACAAUUAUAUGCGACUAUUUUUGUAAAUGGGUUUUAUGUUGGGAAGGAGUUGAUAAUUAUCACUUCAAAGUUAUGAGGACCAGGCGUUCUUCAAUAUCUUUCUCUAUAACAUAUAUGAAGAAAACUGAUUGCAUGAACGCAUGCCAGGCUCAUAGGUCAUGCAUGGGGGAAAAAAAUCAAAAAUUAAAAAAAAAACAUAGAGCCACAAAAAAUAUCAUUAUUAUGUGACACUAAUUGUUGGGGUGCUUAAUUGUUCAUGUAUCACAUAGAGAAAAGUAAUACGUGCCUGUUUUCGUCCCAUUGAAGUCCUACAUCAGAGGACAGAUGGAUUCACUUUUUAUGCAACUAUCAGUUAAAACAAAGCAACGUUUCAAUGCCCGAAGGCAUAUAUUAAAUUUGUGAAAUUCAUUUAUCCAAUAGCACAGGCUGACCAAAAUUCAGUUAUUUUGGCUUCAUCUUGCAUUAUUGUUUUGCCCAUCUUCAGCUUGUCAGCAAGGUUGACAUUGUACAAGCCAAUGGAAUUGCCUAUGUUAUGGUAUGUAAAUAGUUACUUUACCACGUGGUGGAUGUUUGAGCAAGGAAAUAAUGAUUUGGGCACAGUAUUUAUUGCAUCAAAUAUGUACCACAAUAUGUGUAGUUUGCAAGCUUUUGGAAAAUAAUAGAAAAUAUUCUGUACCAAUAUAAAUAGUUUGGACGCUAUCACAGGUGCAUGUUUAUAUUGCCUGGGCUGCUUAUGAUGUUUUAUUUCCCCACUCUCCAGCAGUAUACUAUGGAAAGCCAUAUGUCAAUGGUUAAGUAAGACAAAUUGUUCAGUAAGACCUAAUUUCUUUGUUAUUAUUCUCUGUUGCUGCUCUGCAGUUUGAAUGGGUCAAGCAAUAGUCUGCAGCUUUUCUUUAUAUGUUCUUCUCUUCUGUGUUCUUGUGUUCUGUUAUUAUUUCUGUUACUAGUGUUUCAUACUAAUCCGGAUGAAAUUGGAAAGGUUACAAACUGCAUUAAAUUAUACAGAGUUUAAAAUUAUAUAUAAAUACUGUAAAUAUUCAUUUAGCUUUAUUUUUCAGCAUUUUGUACAUAAGAGAAGAGAUUAAAAAAAAAAAACAUACAAGGGUUAAUGUUGUGGUCACUUUUGUUACCUGCCCAUGCUUAGCAUUAUCUAAUUGGAAAUCUUUGCAAAUAAAAAAUGAAGACGAGAGUUGUAAAUUUGUUAUUUUAUUAUAACUUUUAUUUUGUGCACAUGCUGAAUGUGGAAGUAAAUGUGUCAAGUCUGGGACCACAGCUCGCACAAUGAAAACCAAUGUACAGUGAAGAGGACAAUAACAGAAAACACCAGGCAAAAUAUACAGGAACUGUGAGAAAUGCCUACAUCAGGGAUUUAACUUUUUCAGUGCCAGAUUCCCCAGAGAUACUUAAGCAACAAGUUAUUUCAGGAAGUGCUAACUGAAAGGGUUAAACAUAUUUAUAUUUUCUGUUCAUUUGCACAGGGCUUAAGCAUGUACUCGGUCUCUAUCAGCUUUUAAGGUGCAAAUAUUUGCUACCCAUGAUGGAGGCAAACAUUGGUGGGUUACAACAAUAUUUAAGAGAAUGUCACCUAUAAAUUCACUAGUGACCAGUGACAUCACUGAGGACCUUUAUGGGCAGAACUACUUUAUGACUGAACAAAAUCAACAAGAAGACCAUCUGUCAUUUCUUUAUUCUGUAUAUAGCGCAGUCACUGGUUCCAAUAUAAUUAUUGAGUAGCAUUCUCUUACAUAUUAGAUGAGUCUACAAAAUGGCUGCCUACACUGUGUGUAGACAAAGUAUGCAAUUUAAAGUGCAACUCCCAGUAUGUUCAUUGGGUUAAAAAGCUGACAAAGCACCGUGAGAAAUUAGUCUACAGCUGGGAAGCCAUGCCUUGCAUUAAGCCUGAUUUACACUUCCUUUAUGAAUUACUCAUUCUAUUUUGUUAACUCAUGCUGCACUUGAAUGUUUUAACCAAUGUGUGGGAUCCACAUGCUUCAUUCUCCAAAGAAACAUGAAUUUGCUUACAACACCAUGUUACAUAAGUUCUGUUUUGGACACAUGCAAACGUUCGAUAUAGACUCCUUUGCUUUCCAGGAAUAAUGACUUGUAGUGUACUGUGAACUGCAUGCAGGAAAAUGCUAUUACCUAAAAAAUACAGCUUACUACAUUACAAACAAGCCAAAAGAAUAAAGAUUACAUUUUGUAUUGUA